AUAUGUCUAGUUUGAUGUAUUAACGUGCUCGGUUUUACUGUUAGAGUGGCGUGUGGCAUGUUAAACACGCGGGAGCGUCUCACUGUACCAGCCCAGGUGGCAGCAGCAGCAUGGCCGGCAGACGGACACACAGGCAGGCAGACAGACAGACAGACAGACACUGGUCAUGCCAUUUUCCAUGUGCCUUCCUUGCUGGGGGGCGAGUUUGCGCCCCGCUAGAGGAGAGCGCAGCUAUUUUGAAAGUGACCCCUCAUUCAGGCAGCGACUCUGCAGCUGUCAGGAACCAUGACUGAAGAUGACGGAUUCUGUUGUCGUGGAGGGAUACGCCAGACUCAGAGACGGGAAAAAGUGGAAAACUAGGUGGCUCGUGCUCCGCAAACCGUCGCCUGUAGCAGACUGCCUCGUGUUGCUGGUUUUUAAAGACAAAUCAGAGAAAGUUCACGGCAACAAGGAGAGGGCGAGCAUCACCUUGGAGGAGAUCUGCGGCUUGGAAGCUGGACAGUGGUAUGAGGGUGUGGCUUUUACUCUGACCAUCCUCUGCCUGAAUCAGGCUGUUUUGCUGGGCUUUGACAGCAGGGAGGCCCUGCAGGCAUGGGACGCCCGCCUGCGAUAUAGCCUAGGAGAAGUUCACAGAUUCAGUGUUGGAGUCUUACCAGGGACCAAGUUGGAGAGCGGGCCUGCAACUCUCCAUUUGUGCAACAAUUUGUUGGCUCUUGCUCGGGAUGUCCCUCCUGUUAUUAUUGGCCACUGGAACCUUCCAGACCUGCGUAGAUAUGGACCUGUACCAAAUGGAUUCGUGUUUGAAGGAGGAACAAGAUGUGGCUACUGGGCUGGUGUUUUUCUGCUCGCAUCUGCUGAGAGCGAGCAGAUCAGCUUUCUAUUCGACUGCAUCGUCAGAGGCAUCUCCCCCACCCGAGGCCCUUUUGGACUGCGGCCCAUUUUGCCAGAUCCUAGUGGCAGCCAGACCACUUCAGAGGAAAAGCUGAACCUCGAGGCCCAGGAGCUAGAGAAACGACUGAGCAUGCUCUCUCAUGGGAGUGGCACAGUCUCUUUGACUUACUGCCCGUCUGCUGGGGGCGACGACCGCAGCAUUUCCGGUUCUUCUGACACUUCAGACACCAGCCACUCAGACUGCAGCAUUGGCAGCCGGCUGGGAAUUUGGACUGAACCGGCUUCCAACCCACCUGAAAACGUCAGCCACACGGGCGCUAAAGUGCCACUGCAGAUCAGCGAGAAGCUUUCCGCCAACCAGGGAGGUGGACACCGGCCUGCGGCUAAGCCGCCCCGGCAACUUCAGGAAAUCGGUCGUCAGAGCUCAUCAGACAGUGGCAUCGCCACUGGCAGCCAUUCCUCGUACACUGGCAGUUUCUCCUCCUACACAGGCAGUCUGGAUAUGACCCCCGGAGAGGACUUUGGUUCUUUUUUAAGCUUGCCUCCACAUUUGGCUCAAGAUCUCAGCCCUUGCACUUGCCCUGCUGUUCCUGGACGUGACUACCAGGUGCCAACUUCACUUAGGUAUGUCUAUGACACUCCCAGGAGUGUUUUACAGGAAGCAGGUGGAGGUGCCAAAGACAAUGAAGCCUCCGCCUCAACUAAAGACCCUCCAGCCCUUUUAGGGUUCACAGCAGAGGCAGCAAAACAGGACAAGAGCAGUGCCACAACCCCUGAGGCUCACUCAGAAAAUCCUAAUAGUCAGUCAGUCAGUGAACUCUUUCAGGGCCUUUCAAUGACGAAUAAGAAAACCAAGGUGGCACCCUCUAGUGACUCUUGUAAUACCUGCACCUCCUUCACUUCUGUCUCCAAAACUAUCGUGACCAUCUGCUCUGUAUGCGGUGGAGUUAAGGGGACUCCAUACAGCCCUUGUAGUUCUUCAGUGAUACCUGCCACACCAGAUCAAAGUGGUGACAAAUCACCAUGCAGACCCAGUACCAGUGAACACACUGGUGCGGAGAUGAAAAUUCAGGAGACCUCUCCUGGCUCUGAAAUCAUCCACAGUGCGGAGAUGCCAACUGUGAAGAUGAGUGAGGAGUCACUGCUGCCAAAAAAAGGAAGAGAGAAAUUAGCCUGUCUUUUAGCUGAUCUGCUCGGCUUUCCAGGCACAGAUAGCCAGCCAGAGGCAAAGACACACAGAUUGAACCUGUAUGAGUCAAUGAGCCCUGCUUUUGGUAAUGAGCUUAAUUUGGCACCAGCAGUACCAUUACAAGACUCACAGCAAGACAAAAGAGCUGUCAUUUAUGAAAACUGUUUGAAGUGUCAAGGAGAGCGCUGCCAGCCUCCACCACGGGCCGUGCCCGCUCAAAAGUGGCGCAACAGGAACAUUUCCCCUUUAAAAAGCUUUCCGACUUGGCUGCACCUGAAGAAAGGCCAAGAACAUCCAGCUAAUGAGGAGCUACUGUACCAAGCCCUAAACGAUUCAUCACAGAGCGCGGAUGGGCAGUGUUGGUAUGAAGAGAUAAAUGGAUCGACAGUGACCAGUGAAGACAAAAGGCUUAGUAGUAAAGAGGAAAGACGCAGAGCCGAUCCUGCUUAUGAGAUCAUGGAGAGUCGGAUGCUGGAGAGGAACCCAGAGACACAGGAAAAACACAAGUAUGAACUAAUGGGCAGCUACGGCCAGCAGAGGUUCCUUCAAGAGACUGAAGGGGCCGUGUUUGUGUUCCCCCCAGAGGCUCCGCUUGCUGAAAGACCUCGCGGUGAAGGUGUGACGUAUGUGAAUAUUCCUGUUAGCCCCACGUCCAAGAAGCAGCUCAACUACAUGGAGCUGGAGCUGCAGGAUCCUGUGCAUGGCACUAAAGCGGCUGCCGCACAUCUGCCAGCUCAGAGAAAGAGCUCCACCAAGUACGCCCAGAUUGACAUCACUGCCACAGAGAUGGCCCACAAAGUCGGCACGUUGCACGCUCUGGGUCGGCAGGAGGGCCUGCACACUCUGGAGCUGAGAAGAAAGGGGACGCCACAUUGAAUUUUCCUUCACUCAAACAUUGAUCUCAGCAGGAUUUUUUUUCACAACAGCAGAACUACAACAUCAGACUAUAACGUUAGCAAGAAACGUGGCUCUGAGGGCCUUCCUGUGGGAUUCCUUCUCUAUUCUGUUCCAUCUUUUGAAUACAGAUAUCUUUGAAAGCAACCUCAGCCAGUUUACAAAACCCAGAAUCCCAGAAAAAUGUAUUCCGUCCAAUGUCUACUUUGUUAGAUCGAGACUGUAGUCACAAAGGAGCUGGAAUAUGGAGCUGGCUUUAGAAAGGUUUGGCUCUUAGUCAUGAGAUUUCACAACGUUUUUUUGUGAACAACAUCUCGUUAAAUGGCAUUACGCUGCUCCUCGAGCUCCAGGCUCUCUAGAAGUUGGAUGAGCAAACCCUGGGCUGAGUCAGGGGCCUCACUAAUACCCCAGAGCAAAGGCACUUCACAGCUCACUCAAGCCAUCACUAAUUGUGUGCUGUUUUUGUCCUUGUGUGGGUAAAAAAAAGAAAGGUAGGGUGUUGGCAGGAAAGGAAGUGGAAACAGUGUUUGUUCUCACAAGGAGUUCACACACAUUUAUUCCUCAGUGAUCUGUAAUUCCAUAUGUAGUUGCACAUAACUCUUUCUGUGUUUCAAAUUUAGGAAAGCUUACCAGCUGGUCUUACUCAGAGUGAUGCAAAAUUCAGAGUAGCUUGAUGCGUAAAAAAAAAAAAAAAGAUUUGUUGUGUAAAAGUAGCACAAGUACUGUAUUUUCUGGACUAUAGAGCGCACCUGUAUAUAAGCCGCAGAUAUCUAUGUUGAAAAAUUAGAUAUUUACUGCAUGUACAGAACGAUUUUGUACUGUAAAUGUACAUGUAUGUACCUGAACAGAUUCUUUCAGUGCCUUUUAACGGCAGCAACUUAGCUGAUUAAAACGGAACAGAAACAAAAGAAAAUAACCAGUAUUAGGAUCCACUGACAGACAUCAGAAAAGGAUGCUUCUCACCACUUGUCAUCCAAGUCUCCCACUCAACCCGGAGUGCAGCUUUAAAUGCCCGAUUCACACUGAUGUCAAGUGGCUGCAAAUACUUUGUUGUACCUCCAGGUUUAGGGCCCGGAUGGCUUGGCGAUAGAAGCUCCUCUUGAGUCUCUCUGUCCUUGCCCAGAUGAUGCAGAACCUUCUACCGGAUUUCAGAAGUAGGAACAGUUUGUUGCCAGGAUGGGACGGGUCCUUCAGU